AUGGUAGAAGAAGAUGAUACAAUGUUUGGUGAUGUUGUGGAGGUCGAAGAGGGUGAUGGUGGAGACGAUGAGGUCAAAGCCGAAAGAUGUACACAUAUAUUUCGGUUUUGCCAAAGAAUACUGAAAGAUUUAGGAAAUCAUUUCCUUCUCUCUCUUCGCCUCUCUACCGAAACCCUCCGACGCCGCCCUCCUUACAUCGCGAAUCCGACGUCGCCGUUGUCUCUCCGACGUCGCCACUCUCUCUCCGACGUCGCCACUCUCUUUCUGCCGAUCCCGUUCAUAGGAUUUCUCUCACCUCAGGUCGGCCCCGACUCCGACGGCCCCAACCUCCCUACACUCGGCUUAGACGAAUUUCGUCCCUUUGUUUGCCGCCUUCUGGAGUUUAAGUUCUGCUCUUCAACUUCGACAGUCGGUAGCACCGUAGCACGACUCAACCUCACGGUCCUCAUAACUCACCAAUCAACUCAGUAAUUCGGCCCUGAUUUCCGUGUCCAGC